AAACAAAAUGGCGACGCUUGUUUUAGAUAAUGGAGCGGGAAGUGUGAAAAUAGGAUUUUCCAAUGAAAAAGAACCAAGAAUAAUACCAAAUUGUGUAUCAAAAGCUAAAAAUGUUAGAACUAGAAUUUUCAUCGGUGAUCAAAUUGAUGAAUGUAAAGAUUUAUCAGGGUUAUAUUAUAUGUUACCAUUUCAAAAGGGUUAUUUGGUAAAUUGGGAUAUAGAAAGGCAAGUAUGGGAUCAUAUGUUUGGUAAAGAUUGUUUGCAGGUUGAUUUUAAUGAAACUACAGCUAUAGUAACAGAACCUCAUUUUAAUUUUCCCUCAGUACAAGAAUCAAUGAAUGAAGUAUUUUUUGAAGAAUACCAGUUUAAAGCUUUACAUAGAACAAAUGCUUCAGCAUUAAGUCAAUAUAAGUGGGAGAAAGAAAGUAAUGACAAACAUCUAUGUACAUUGGUUGUAGAUUCUGGUUAUUCAUUUACACAUAUCAUACCCUAUUUUAAAGGUAGAAAAAUCAAAGAAGGUAUCAAAAGAAUUAAUGUUGGUGGUAAAAUAUUAACAAAUCAUCUAAAAGAAAUCAUCUCAUACAGACAGUUGAUGGUAAUGGAUGAAACGUAUGUUGUAAAUCAGGUUAAGGAAGAUGUAUCCUAUGUUUCAUUAGAUUUUAAUGAAGAUAUGAAUAUAGCUAGGAAACGUGGUAAAGAGAAUACUAUAGCUAGAGAUUAUGUUUUACCAGAUUAUACACAUAUAAAACGUGGUUAUGUUCGACCAACUGAUCAAACAACUGGUAAAGCUCAGGGCAAUGAACAGAUUAUAAGAAUGAAUAAUGAAAGAUUUGCUGUACCUGAGAUUUUAUUUCACCCUUCAGAUGUUGGUAUAUCUGAAAUGGGAAUAACAGAAUCUAUAGCACAUUGUGUUCAAGGUCUUGAUGAAGAAAUGCAGCCACAUCAGUUAGGUAAUAUAUUACUGACUGGCGGAAACUGUCAUCUUCAGGGCUUUAAAGACAGGGUAUAUAAAGAUGUACGAUGUUUAACAGAUGAAGAUAUUGAUGUCAAUGUAUCUGUACCUGAUAGCCCAUCAACAUAUGCCUGGGAAGGUGGAUGUUUGCUAGCUAAAGAUGCUAAUUUUCACAAGAAAAUGGUGGUCACAAGACAAGAGUAUGAGGAACAAGGACAUUCAAUAUGUGAAGAAACAUUUGAUGUGUAGCAGAAUUAAGUGCUAUAAAUAUUUUUUAUAAAUAUAUUACAUUACAAGUGGUCAUCGUU